CUGACAUGCCUCUCUCUCUCUCUCUCUCCCUCCCUCCACCAUCAGACUCCCGCAUUUCACAAAACUUCAGACUGAGAAACACCGAAGUGACGGUUUAAUUCGAGCAAAGGGAUCGUUUGUCUGAUGUGGAUGUUCAGAAACAGAAUUAAGAGAGAUGUAGUCAGUCCGGACGGUCGCGUGAAGUGAUGGGUUCAGAGGCGGUAGAGGACUGUGUGCAGGGGGCACUAUCCUCUCUCUAUCCUCCUUUUGAAAGCACUGCUCCUCCUCUUCUCUCUCAGGUGUUCUCCGUACUUGAGUCCACCUAUCAGCAUGACAGCUUGAGAUAUCUGCUGGAUUUCUUCAUUCCUGCAAAGCAUCUUCUCCAUAGAUUACAGCAGCAUGCAUGUUCUCAGUAUCUAGGCUGUCUCUUCUUGCACUCUGGUUGGCCACUAUGUUUGGGAGAGAAGGUAGUAGUACAACUCUCUACUUUGGACUGGAGACUCCUGCAUAGUACUGACUUCUACCUCCAGGUGGUCCCCUUCUCGACACGUUGCCCUCGCCUUGCUCUUAAGUGCCUUGCACCUGGUGGUCGAAAUGUACAGGAGGUCUUAGUGCCAGAAUCACAGCACCCGCUGGUGUUUACUUCUGAGUGGCUACAUUGCAUCAACAAGGAGCGUGGCUGCAAGAGAGAAGGUGGAGGAUGUUUGGACACCUGUCUGGUGAGUACAUGUGACGGAGUGGUCCGUAUUCCAUGGGAAGAGGUGGUCUAUCCUAAACUCCUGCACAAUCCAUCCGAUCCUCUCCAAGACAAUCCUGACCCAUCUGACUUGUCAUCAGGGGGUGUGGUCCUCGGUUGGGGUGGAUCUUCAGUAGAGCAUGAUUCCUGGUCUUGGGAUGAAGAGGAUGACUUGCCUCCAGAUGGUAAUGAGGCAGAGAUUGAGGCCGCAUUGGAAUGUCUGCGCAGAAGCAGUGAUGACCACCUUGUAGGUGAUGGUGCUGGAGAUUAUGUUGAGUUGCUAGAGCCCAGAGGAGGACCAGAUGGUGGUGCUGAUCCUAAACAGCGCUAUCUGGAGAUGCAUGGGAUAUGUAAGACCAAAACAUUACCCCUGUGUCGGAGGGGUAAAGCAAUACGACUACGAAAGGGGAAGGGGAGAGGGUAUGGGAGGAUUGAACCUGGUGCUAGGGCUGGAAGUCUGGUACGAAGGGAUAGCAACAACAAUGCUAAGGAUGGUGUAGUUUCCUGCAGUGACUUGGCUACCUCACGACCCUUGCCACGUGUCAUUGAUUUAGGUCGCCAAAGGAGGUCAUAUUCCCCUUCGUUUCUGGACUCUGACGAAGGUGCUAAAGACACAGUAGGGCUCGAAUUCAGAUCCCGUUGUAUGGACAAUCCGGCCAAAGAGAGGAAGCCAGGGGUAGGAAAAGAGAGAGAGGGGACUGGAGGUACACUGAGAAAAAGGGGUUCAAGCAGGCAACGUUCCAUAGAUGAAAAUGAUUUGGCAAAGAACAACGCAGAGAGUCUUGGAGAAGGACAACAGGACCACAGUCAAAGAUCACACUGUGCCUGUGAUAAUAACAUAUUGGACAGCACUUUAAACAGUAGACAUGAGCUUGCAACAGUAACGAAUCCCUCCGACUCUGCAGAUAAUGGCACUAUCCCAUUGGCUGCUUAUGAGGAAACAGCAGGCAUAAACAAGCAAUCAGGACAAUCUAGGACAAGUACAACAUCCCUCCGAGAUUCUUCUGUGAACAAUGCAUCUGAUUCAUCAGGUUGUGCGCAAAGCAGAACCAAACAUUCAGACAAUACCAGUGAUGAGAAAACAGAUACAAUCCUGCCACCAUCAGGUACUAUGAGUACCAUGGGAGAAAAGCGUGUUGGAAAGUCAGAGAACUUUGUUUGUCCUAGAGGAAAAGAAGUAAAAACAGGUGGAUUCAGAGCUCCCAGGAGGAAAAGGAAAGCCAAAGGAGGCAAAGGGAAGGCCAAAUCCAAUGGUCGUGUCCAACAUAAAGGCAAGGGUGACCAAGUCAUCUCAAAGACCCAGAGCAAAACCAUCCACCCAAUCAGCCAUUCUAGCCAAUUAGAGGACGUUCCUCAGCUAUCCAAAGAUUGCAAAGUCUGUGUAACUGCCACUGAUGCAGAAACAGAUGCAAAGUCAAAGGCCAAAGAAGGAGAAAGCCAGUCUGGCACAUCCUUUCCUGACCAUUCCCAAAAAGAGAUGGGAUUAUAUGAAUCUGCUCCUCAAGGGGAGUCCAAAUCCCCCCCUCCUCAUCUUAGAGACUUAGAUUUCAAUCUUCUGCAGUCAGGAAAGCUAAAAUUAACAGGUACUAUGGAUCGACUGGGACGAGCAUUGGUUUUCACAGAAAGUCACCUCCCAGAAGAUGGCUGGAACACAGAUGAAAUGAUCAAAGUGUUGUCCUGCUAUUACACCGUCACCAGACCUAUGGCCAAAGAGAAGGGUCUUACCGUGAUAGUGGACAGCAGAAAGUCUGCGCCAUCUGAACUCUGUCUCUCUGCACUGAAGCUCUUCAAGGAGCAGACACCAACAGGCCUUGAUUCGAUUCUUAUCCUAACAGAGGAACAAGAAGAAUUGACCCAACCGGGUCUGGAUGGAAUAGAGGUGCAUUUAGUAAGAGGUACGGGCAUCCUUCAGCAGUUUGUGGACCAGCAGCAGUUGCCCAGAGAAAUGGGUGGAGACUUUAACCACUCACAUGAUGACUGGCUCACUUUCAGACUGAGUUUGGAGCAGUUGACUGAGUGCUGUGAGUGCGCCCUCACCCUGCUGGGAGACACACUGCAGUCUAUGGACACAGAACCACUACCUGACAGUAUUAAGAAUGUCCCCUGCAGCGCCGACAAACACAAACAGUUAAUGACAAGUAUUCUGACUGACCAGCGGCUGACAGAGCUUCAGCAGAAGGGUGGGGCUUGGCUGGCAGGUCUGGCAAAUGGUACAUCAGGGUUGGCACAGAAAUCACCAGACUGCAAGGCUGCUUUAGCAGUGACCUCUAACCUAUAUGACAGUGUGGAUGAUGCGCUUCACCGGCUGGUGCGUGUGUCCAAUCAGAGGGGUCGUGACCUCGAAGCACUGGGGAGACUGGCUACACUUGUGGAUAAACUGGACAAGUGCGAGAGAGACAUAGAACACAUACAGGAGCAGCUAGAGGACUAUAAACACCCUCCUCUGUCUCUCAGCAGACUGUCACUCAAACAGCACAAGUUUAAGAGCUUCAGAGACACUGCUAUGGAGCUUCACAGUGAGACUCUGGUGUUGCUGGCAGAGGUGGAGAGCUGGUCUGAGCUGGAUUGGUCUGGUCUUAGAACCGUGCUGGACAAACUUCCUCCAAUAAGGGAAAGAGUGCGAGACAUGUCUCACCUUCUGUCAGACUGCUGGACACAGCUGGACAACACACAGCGACUACUGUCUACACUUACUGAGGCAUCUCAGUGGUGUGAUGUGGUGUCAUCCUCCUCUCCUUCCUCUUCCUCGUCCUCUCCUCUCUCCUCUCUUCCUCCUAUCCCUCCAUCACGUUUCCAGGACGCUCGUGCUCUUGCACUGGAACUGGGGGGAGGGGCUUUGUUGGACCUCUGGUCUCAGACUCUGGAGCGCUAUCAAAAAACACUAGCUCAGUUUAAGAGCCGAAUCCUGCAGGCGGAAAGAGGUUCGUCUACAGCCCAGGGUCAGGAACAGGACUCUGGGGGACGAGGAAGGACUCCUGCCCCCAGAACCUCCAGCUUGGGGGAUUUAGAGGGGGAAAUCGAGCCGGACUGGUGCCCUGGAGUAGAGGGGGGCAUGCAGUCCUGGGGUUCACUGGCGUCUCUCUUCCGGCCACAAAACUGCUCAACACUCAAGAUCGGAGAGGAGAAGAAGAAAGAUGGGGUGAAUCCAGGAGGGGGAACGUUUCUGCAGAAUCUGCUGCACCCAGCCAAAAAAAAUCCCACAGAUGCACCACUCCCUCCCAAACCCCCUCGCAAGCGCCAUCCCAGUUUUGACCUUCAGGCUCUGCUGGCCCCGCGCCGUUCAGCCGCCGUGUCUAAACCUGCUGAGUCCACUUCGGGUCAGUCUUCUCCGCUAUCCUGGCUGGGCCGUCGGGCUCUGACAGAUCCCAUCCUUACGGCGGGAGUGACAGCAGCAGUUCCAGGAUGGAGGGAUCCUACUGGAGGAGGAGGAGUGCUCAUAAGAGGAGUGGAGGUCAGCAGUAAAGAAGUGGCGGAUCAUACUGGCUUCACGCGCCAACAUGUGCUUCUCAGCCGCACUGAAAGAGAGACAGGGGUGGAGAGAGCAGGAGCAACCGCACAAAGCAAGCUCUAUUUACAGUGGUGUCGGCUGGUCAGCACAGAGAGGCAGUAUGUCGCUGUUCUUAAAGCUGUGGAGGAAAACUACUUGCCCCUUCUAGAGUCUUCAGAUGUCCCAUCUACACUGAGAGGAAAGACAGAGUCAUUCUUCAGUAACUGGAAGAGUCUCUCUGCCUUCCAUACGCAGUUACUCCUCCCAGCCAUGGAGGGCGCUCUCUCCCAGACACUACAGCAGACCGAUUGUUUUAGUAAAUACAAGGAUCAGUUCUUUCUAUAUUCCCACUACAUCCGAAUGAGACCCGAGUCGGAUGCUCUGCUCAUCAGUCAGGCUGCUGACUUCUUCAGGUCAAAGCUGUCUUCCUCUCUUGUUCCUGCUCCUCCAUUUCCUCAGUGUCUCUCCACUCCCAUUCAGAGACUGGAGCAGUACUGCCAGACACUAGAGGAACUGGGCGGUCUUAAUCCCACUUCAGACUCCCCCCUCUCCAUCCUAAGACACGCCCAGCGGCAUGGAGCAGAUCUGCGAGCCAGUGAUCUCAUCACGGGGUGUCUAAUACCUGUGGCGGAGCGUGGAGAGCUAGUGCGUCAGGGUGAGCUGUGUGUGUGCGGUGGAGGCAGACGGAAAAAGACAGGAAUCAGAAACGUCUUCCUCUAUCAGAACUACGUCAUUUUCACCAAACACAAAACACCCAACCCGGGAUGCAGUGUGUACAGUUUCAAACACAGCAUUAAGACGGGUGAGAUGGGCCUCACUCAGAGCGUCGGGGAAGACGGACUGAGGUUUGAGGUGUGGGUGAGACAAGUGUCUCGCACCAGGGACUGUCUCACUCUCCAGGCUGCCAGCGUGCAGGAAAGAGGAGCUUGGACCCACGAUAUCGCACAGCUGCUCUGGACUCAUGCCAUCCAUAACACAGAGUUGUGUCUGAAGGAGUCUCUGUGUAUGGGAGUUUCCAGUAAGUUGCUACUGGAUGUGACAGGAGCUCAAGUUUCAGAACUGGACUCCAGCUUCAGCCUGAACGACAGAGUUCAGAGCAGUUGUUCAGAUUCAUCUUCUGUGGGCAGCAUGAAAGGGGGCGACUCACCCGCCUCUGCAAGAGAUUCAAAGAGAAACAGCGAGCAAACAGGACACACUCAGAGCACUUCACCCUCCACUUCUGUCUGAGUCAUAUCAGCUCACAAUGCAAGUCUUAAAACUCAUACAAAAUGGGCGCGGUUUCUUUCAUCAACGCAUAUAUUUACGACUGGGACAACUGGGCACAAACUGGAUCAUGAGACGCACACAGCCAUAUGAACACAGUAUUACAGAAGACUGGAGGUCAUGUGUCAGCAGCCGUCUCGCUUCUUAUCAUUUCAGUUCCUCUUUUUAAUUGACUUUCAGUCUCAGGCCCAUCACACACAUUAGCAACUAAAAAAGAUGACAUUCAAGUCAACAUGGAAUCAAAUUAUACAUUCUCAAUAGACUUUACUGGUGUGCACGAUUCAACUGUGUACAUUUAUACCAAAAGAAAAAGUGUUUAUCUUCAUAAUCUUUUAUCUAAAUGUAAUAACUAUCCAUUUUGACUGUAAAUAAUAUAAAGAUAGGGGAAUAAUUGAGAAACAUGGAAAUGUUCUGGAAAGCGAACUUGACCUUUCAUGUUGACUUUUAGGUGGAUAUCUUUAUUUAAGUGCACUUGAAUGAUGAAAAGAUUGAAAUGAACGACAAAACGACGCAAGAUUUAGCUGCGUUAUUCACCAAAUUCUACAGAAGUCACAUGGAGCUUCAUACAUCAUUGUAAAAGUUUUGUUUUGUAAUCUGUGAUGCAAAUGUGGAUCGAAUCCGAACCAAACGCAUGCAUUUCGCAAGAUUUUUCCAAACGUAAGCUUUUGCUGUGAUUUUGAAAUAUUGCUGUCGAAAGAUUCUGUCAAUGCAGCAAGUUGCGCUUUGUGAUAUCAAAUCAAAAUAGACUGUUGGCUGAGGACACAUCUGGUAUUUCGGCCCAUCUCCAUCUCAGAGUAUUGAAGAAAGAGGGAACGUUUUAUUCUCCGUUCUCUGAGUUUAGUUAAGCACCAGCUGUCUUUUAUUGCCAUGGCCAAUCCGAGAGCCAAAUCCAGACCUGCUUUUCAAAAGAGAGCUGCUAUGGAUGGUGUGUUUUGCUUUAUGAGUUAUGUAAUUAUUUAACUCCGCCCUCAGCUUUUCUAUUAGUAAGAUUCUGCACAGUCUUAAGCAGUAUUAGAUGCUGGAACGCUAAUCUACUCAAAGGUUCAACCACGUAAAAACUGACUCUGACUCGAGCAGUUGUAAUCCACUUUUGAAUUUAUGAAGUCUGACUCUGGAAAAUCAUCCUUUAUAAGCUCGACUGUACUUCAAGUCAUCUGUCUUUUUGCAUAUUUUAGAUGGUGGAAACUGUUAGCUUCUGAGCAUUUAUUUUACUGAUAAAUCAACAGCUAGAGUUUUUGUUUGCCUUGUGCUAAAGAGUUUUUACUUCAAGUUGUUUAUUGAGCUUGAUGUGCUGAUACACCUGUAUAAAAGCAAAUUCCCAAAUAGUUUCUUUUUAAAUGAAUAUUAAUUUCUGGGUUAAGUUCAAUCAACUGCAUUUGUGGCAUAGUGUUCGAUUACCACAAAAAAAAAAAAAAAAAAAAAUAUGUUGACUCAAGAA